AUGUCUUCUACAACAAACUUCCCCAGUGCAUGGGCUACGAUCGGCCGGUCGCUCACUACGCCCAACCCGACCCUCCAGACCGCUACCGGAAAUUCGAACAUCGCUAUGUCCCAAACCACCUUCCAGGCCGCCUCAUCCAUCAUCAAAAGAUGGAGAGACUUUGAUCUCGGAAAUCUCCAUGAACCAUACGGAGACCUGCUGGAUAACUACAAUGUGCCCGUUGUGGUCGAUGAGCAAUCAUCCGUUCCAGCCACCAACAUCACGGACCUGAAGAAGGCAUUGACGGGGCAUAUUGUUCACCGUCUCCGACAACCAAUCGCUACGGGUGUCACCCUUCUCGCAAGCCGAUGCGGCGAAGCUCGCCGAGAUGUUACCGUGCUCACGGACGAACCUCUGGCCCACCGCCGCCGCUCUGCCCUGUCUUUCGUGACCAGCGAUGGCGAACGUCUUGCCGUUAGUUGCGCCUACACCUCCAACCAGUGGACAUCACGCGAGCUGGAAGACAGCGAGUCCUCUCAGUCUUAUCCGCUCCUUCGUCUCGCGACGUACUGUCACGACGCGGGGACCCGCUAUGGGUUCAUCUUCUCCGACCAUGAGCUCAUUGUCUCCCGUGUGAGCGGCACAUCAUUUUCUUGCUUGAUCGAAUGGCAAUCCAUCCCUUGGGAAGCAGCAGGUCCUGGGGUCUUGACAGUCAACCUGUCGCUGUUUCUCAUGGUAAUGAUGGCUCUGCAUAAUAGCCACCGACCAAUCCUCCGACAUCUGCAACCCUUCCCCAUUAACUUCUGGUACCGCUUCCAGAACAUCGACGGAGACUGGGUCAACCGGCACCACCUCUCUCGCCGCGAGGUUUUCCACCACUUGCCAGGAGCCAUCACUGAGCUCCCAAAUGGCGUUCCUUUCGAGGAUGCACACAUCACUGAGUGA